UUCUUCCUGUCCAACCUGUCCUUCGUUGACAUCUGUUUCACCUCCACCACCGUCCCCAAGAUGCUGCUGAACAUCCAGACACACAGCAAGGCCAUCAGCUAUGCAGACUGCAUCACUCAGAUGUACUUUUUUCUCCUGUUUGUUGUGAUGGAGAGUUGUCUUCUAGCUGUGAUGGCCUAUGACCGGUUCGUGGCCAUCUGCCACCCCCUGCACUACACGGUCAUCAUGAACCCCCGGGUCUGUGGGCUGCUGCUUCUGCUGUGCUGGUGUGUUAGCGUUCUGGAUUCUGUGGUGGAAAGUUUGACCGUGCUGUGGCUGUCCUUCUGCACAGAUGUGGAGAUCCCCCACUUUUUCUGUGAAUUAAACCAGAUGAUCCACCUAGCCUGCUCAGACACCUUUGUCAGUGAUGUGGUCAUGUAUGUGGCAGCGUUGCUGGUGGCCGGAGGUGGCUUCACUGGGAUCAUUUAUUCUUACACUAAGAUUGUUUCUUCCAUUCGUCGAAUCUCUUCGGCUCAGGGGAAGUAUAAAGCCUUUUCCACCUGUGCAUCCCACCUUUCUGUGGUCUGUUUAAUCUAUGGUACAUCCCUAAGUGUGUAUCUGAGCUCUGCCGUGACCCAGAACUCCCAGUCGACCGCCAUUGCCUUCAUCUACAGUCUCCGGAACAAAGACAUCAAGAGGGCUCUGAAGAAUCUUAUUGGGAGGAAAACAAUGAUAGGACAUGGUUCCUAG